AAUGGGCCUCUUUGCUUUGCAGUGAGUGGAAUUGCUGACUCUGCUGUGCUCAUCCAAAUGGCAAAAUGGGAAGAUCUAUGGGUCCCAAGUUUCCAGGACUUCAAGGAGAGGAAACUCUCAAAAGACACCCACACAGGCACCCAGGAACCCAGAACUUUGCACGAACACCUAUGAAUGACAUCACAGGAUUUAAAGAUACUGGAAGGGUGUGUAACCAGAGACAAACCGGGAUUUUACAUGUACUGCCUCCGCCAUGGACAGUGUCCAAGAUGCUGGCACAGAUGAUGAGAUCGCAAGUGAGAGCGAAGAGGAUGACAGUCCUCAGCUGGAAGGGCCUGAGAAAGUGGAGCCUCAUGGGACGUUAUCAAGAAGAUCCAAAUCGAAUGUUUCCCAGAGUCAGCAGAGCUCAGAAAAGCAGCUGCAAAAGCCUGCAGGGAAGAGACGGGGUAAGUCUGCUCCCCAAGAGAGAUCUUUGGGGAAGCAGCAGAGAAUCCACAAAGGGGAGGUGCCAAAUGCGUGUCUGGAGUGUGGGAAAGUCUUUGGCCGGAAGUCACAUCUCAUUAGACACCAGAGAACUCACCGGCGAGAGAAGCCGACCAUUUGUAAUGAGUGCGGGAAGAGCUUCAGUCGCAGCUCAACCCUCAUUGAGCACCAGAGAACCCACACUGGCGAGAAGCCCUACAAAUGCACUGAGUGUGGGAAGAGCUUCAGCCAGAGCUCCCACCUCAUCACACACCAGAGGAUCCACACAGGUGAAAAGCCCUACCAGUGCACCAUAUGCGGGAAGCGCUUCCACCAGAACUCGCAUCUCCUGACCCACCAGAGAACCCACACGGGCGAGAAGCCCUACAAAUGCACUGAGUGUGGGAAGAGCUUCAGCCAGAGCUCCCACCUCAUCACACACCAGAGGAUCCACACAGGUGAAAAGCCCUACCAGUGCACCAUAUGCGGGAAGCGCUUCCACCAGAACUCGCAUCUCCUGACCCACCAGAGAACCCACACGGGUGAGAAGCCCUACCAGUGUACCCAGUGCUGGGAGCGCUUCAGCCGCAGCUACACCCUGACCAGACAUCAGCGGAGCCACACGGGGGAGCGGCCCUAUCAGUGCCCUGACUGUGGCAAAUGCUUCAGCCUCAACUCCACCCUCCUCAGCCACCAGAGAACACACACAGGCGAGAAGCCCUACAAAUGCUCUAAGUGCGGUAAAAGCUUCACACGGAGCUCCACGCUCGUCCAGCACCAGAGAACGCACAUAGGGGACAAGAUAUAUACGUGCCCCUGCUGCAACAAGGUGGCCUGCUCUAGCCUGUUCUUCUGAGUUGGGCUGCGGGACCUGCUCCAGCUUGUCCUUCUGAGCCCGGGCAUGGGACUGCUCCAGCCUGCCAUAGGAUUCUGUCUUUUCCUGUUUGUGGUUGGAUCCUAAAGAGCAGGGACUGCCAAUGCACUUUGAGAUGCUUUUCCUGUAGGAACCACAGCGAGCACAGCUCAAGCUUCGUUCACUUUUUUUGUUUUAGUUCAGCGACUUUCCCGCUUGUGCAUGCUGGGGGAAUGUAAUACUUCCCUUGCAUCUCCCUCCUGAUUUCAUAAUACUGUGCACUUCAAUGCAUUUAAGGAUCUCGGUGCUUCACGCACACUAAUGAAGUAGGCCUCCCACAGGUUUGAGAGAUAGGGACACGUUAAAAAUAAAGAAAAGGAGGUGAAGUGACAUCAGUGAGUCACAGCAGAGCUGUCAUGCUCCCCAACCAGAAUUCCUCACUUGUCUCAUAUUGCUGUCGUGUUUUCCUGUGUGAGAGAGGAGAAAAGCGAGGGCAAAGUUCCUUUUCGUGGGGUCUGCCAGCUCUGCCAAAAUACAUUCCUGGGGCUCUUUUGCUCAUGAACCUCUCAGCCUUGAAGUUCUGUGGUGUGAUGAACGUCAGUCUGUAUGACCUCCACACAGGGCAAGAGUUUCUCUUCCUUGGUGAAAGAGCACUGUUACUCUGCCUUAGCGGCCUGUGGCCAGUGACUGUGGUGUGGAGGGCUUUAAGACCAGACCAAAGCAGAACGGUCUUCCAGAGUUAACAUACCUGGAGUUUGUUCCCUGUUUUGUUAGUAGUAGGGAGGAAACCUUUUCCUUUUUGUACGUUGUAUCUCUUUAAAUUGUUGAUAAAGAAACCUGAUGAUUAAGCUCAGGAGAGAUGCAGCUGUAUUCAGUUGUAUGAGUCGCUCUCUGUCUUGUUUGACCUAACGUGUUUCUGACAGGAAUUGUUCAUUGUUUCUUUAAAGCCUAAUUGAAUUGUAUGGACCUGCAAUAUCAUAGAAAAAGCCUGGAAAAGUACCUGCUUCACUUCUGACCAAAGCUCUGCUGGAAUGAACUUCAGACCAAAGCUCUGAUUCCAUUUACAACAAAGUCCUUGUGGAGCAAGUAAAUCCAACUCUUUCCUCUGAAGUCAGCUGAUCUGCAACUUCUUAAGUAUUGUCUUUGCUGCAGAGUUAGCUCUUACCGGGUGUUGCCCCUAAUCUCAUCUCCCACACAACCCUCUUGCACAAGUUAAUUGUGCUUUCUGACCCAGCUAGCUGGCCUGGCUACAGCUACAGGUUGGAGCCUGUGUACUACAUUCACUUGGACUGGUAACCCGCCCAUUUGGAAUGAAGAUGCAGGCUAAAUCACUCGAGCACUGAUAGUCUUCCAAUGCCUUCCCAUAAUUCCACUGUGUGCCCUGAAAGACUGACAAGUUCUCUCACAGUUCGCUAGGAAAAAAUCAGUGGCUGAUCUUACUGCAGCACAAAAAAUGGUGGGAUAUACUUCUAGAAGUCCUAGCAAUACAUGUGGGGGAGUGAAGCACCAGUAAGGACACUGUAAUGUGGGUGUGGAUUUAUAGGGUGGUCACUCAUGCCCGACUGCUAAUGACCCAAGCUAACUCUGCUGCGUAGAUAUACUCUAAGGAUUUAAACCAGUGGUUCUCAACCUUUCCAGACUAUUGUACCCCUGAAGUUGAGACCCACUGCAUGGGGCUGAAACCUGAACCUUGCUGCCUAGUGCUGAAGCAUGUAACUUAGGUUCACGUGGCCCCAGGCAACUGCCCCGCUUGCCAUCCCCUAAUGCCAGCUCUGCACUUGCAACCUCCUUAAACCCUUCCCACGACCCCCCUGGGGGUUGGAGCCCACAGGUUGUGAAACAUUGAACUAGAUCAGUUGAUGUAUCCCCUGAAAGACCUCUGCAUACCCCUAGGGAUACACAUCUGGUUAAGAACCACUGUGUUAAACCGUCUACUUUGAACAUGCUCAGUCACCAGCUGGGAGACCGUUCUGAAUGCAAGAAAAGCUUCAGUCUUGACUCAGCACUUCACUGCCACCAGGGAACCAUAAAUGGGCUGCAAAUGGGCUUGCUCUCUUCCUGGCAAGAACUCCAGCAGUUUUCUUCACUCCCUGUAUGAUGUUUAGCUACCAGCUUAGGACUGGCUUAAAAUUAUACUUUAUCUUCUACAAAAAUAUCAUCUUUGAGUGCGCUGCUAGAAAAUGAAAAUUAGGUGGUCUUGCCGUUAUCAGAAAAGCCUGGAUGAAAUUGAAAGAGAUGCUUGUACAGGAGCCAGUGUUAAAGUUCUAUACAAGUGGAAGGCCUAUGAAAAUCUUAAUAGGUGCCUCACAAUUUGAUUUAGGUGAAGUCAUUUUGCAGUAAUGGGAAGAAAGCUGACAGCUUACAGUUUAUGCACUCAGGUCACAGAGAUGCAGAAACGAGAUACAUAAAUACAAACAGCUGUUAGGGAUAUUGCUUAAGUGCUAAAAGAAGUUUUGACCGGAGAGCAGAGGCUGAAACAGACCCAGGUCUCUAAUACCAGAUUACCUGUUCUAUAAGAAUGCAAAGUCUGAUGAUAAAGCUACAGAUGUGAGAGAAAGCUGUGUCAUAGUAAUGAAGUGUUGCCAGCUGAUUACCCUAUCUAUACUUGCUGCGUUAGAGAAAGAUGCUGAGGAAGCAAGAGUUGGAGAUGUAAGCUUGGUGUGAUCCCUUCUCACAGCAAGUGAGAAGCCACAAAGAGGGAAAAUGCUGAAUGAAACAAUUAGAAAAGGAUAGCCAAAGGUAAUGCACAGCAGUUAGCAAGAUACUAUGGAGGUUACAGAUAUAAAUGUACAGCAGUGAAUGGCAUGAUUGUUCAUAGACAUAAAACUAUUAUACUCCAGUGACUUUACCCGUGACUGCUACAGGGAGGCUAUUUGGGAAUCGUAUGUAAAAGACAUAAACCCAGAGGCUUCUCAAAUGUGAAUAAGCUGUUUGUUCUACUUGAGAUACGAUCUACAGCCCCAUGAUUCCCUGUCUGAUACUACAGAGACUAUCAAAUGGUCAGAGAUGGGCCAAACCAGGGUAUUCCAGUGCAGGGUUUUGAAGUUUUGUGGAGGUUCGAAUCUGGAUCUGAACUGCUUGACUCAGGCCCAGCUAUACCAGUGUACAUCACAGACUCUCAUUUGGCAAAGAACAAGUGAAGUUUGUUCCUGAUCCUUGCUCUUUGAACCCUGAAAUGUGAACAUUUGAAAGUAUCUUUGUAAGACAUGGAAUUCCAGAUAAAGACCCAGAUUUUAAAAGGUAUUUAGGCAGUGUUCCAUUCAGCAUUGCAAGGCCUAAGGUCCAGAUUUUAAGGGUAGUUAGGGUGUCUAACUUCGACUGGGAGUUAAGCACCUAACUACCUUAAAAAAUCUGGGCUUAAGUGACUUGGGGUAUGUUUAUACUACCCGCUGGAUUUGCGGGUAGUGUUUGAUGUUUCGGGGAUCGAUUUGUCUUGUCUUGUCUAGACGCGAUAAAUCUAUCCUGCUAAUCAAUGCCCAUACUCCACCUCGGCAGG